AUGGGAUCAAUUGUGCUCGUAGCUGAACAUAUUCCUGACCGCAGCUACGAUAUAGGUUUUCUCGGGCCCUCGUCAACAUGGGCGUAUGGACGUCAAGUCAUGAGUAUGAUAAGAGAGUAUCUUAACCAAGAUGAAUCCCCUCUCGUGCCCCUAAACACCGAUGGACAAGCGUUGCCGCUGGAAUUUCCCAGCGAGAAACAACUAGGAGGCACUAUUUCGAUGGACGAUCUUCCCUCCUUGGAUUAUGCCAUUUAUCUGACAAACACCGUCAAAUUUCACAUCAGCCAGACCUAUCAUCUAUUUGACGAACAGAGUUUCCUCAACGGCCUUUUCUCUCUCUACAACGACGGGCCGCGCCCACUGAAUGGAAAAGCCCGACUAUGGUAUGUCCAAUAUUUCAUCAUUAUGGCUUUUGGAAAAGCCUUGCUUGUCCGUGGUCUCUCAGCUUCGAACCCGCCAGGGGGCGGAUAUUUUAUGAGAGCUAUGGAGAUGUUUCCAGACGUCAAUGGCCUAUAUCAAGAUACAGUUCUUGCAAUUGAAAUAUGCUGUGGCUUGGCUCUGUACCUCCAAUCAAUAGAUCAUCGCAACAGCGCCUAUACAUAUCUUGGUCUUGGACUUCGCAUUGCCCUAUCUCAAGGCCUUCAUAGAGAUCCUGGGGGAGAGAAUAGAGAUCACAAGGAGGCUGUUCGGGAACGGAGUGCAUGGUGGACGCUCUAUAUCUUAGAUCGGAAGUUCUCCUCUUUGAUGGGUGCACCGAACUCUCUUCACGAUGAAGACAUAUCCGUUCCUUUCCCACAACCGAACCGAUCAAUCCAGAAGUCAACAACAUUAGAGAUGCAUGUUAAACUCUCACGACUUAUCGCCAAAGUACUGAAUACCGUGUAUGGCGUAGAUGGAAGGCUGGACUCAUCAUUUGUCCGGAACGUUCAGGACAUGCUCCGACAGCUUGCGACUUUAGGCGAAGAGCUAAAUUCUUCCGUCGAGUUGGAUUUGAAUAGUUCAACCCCUUUAUCCCGGGUGUCUGCGACAAUUAACCUCUGCUAUCACCAGUGCAUUGUUCUCGCAACUCGCCCGCUUCUCAUGUGCCUCCUACGAGACAAACUAGAGACCAGGUCCCGCGGAGAUAAAACUCACCGUGAGAUAGUUGGACCAGUCAAAGCUUUACUCAAGGCAUCGUGCGACUCUGCAACAAAAUCGCUCCGGAUUUUAUCUGCACUCUAUUCUCAAGAUCUCUUAGAGACAUUUCUCCCUUUUGAUCUCGAUCAUGUUUUCUCGGCCAGCUUCGUCCUAUCUCUUGUCUCUGCAAUCCAGCCAUUUCCGAAUACAAUUGGAGACUCCUACUUGGAAACUACAAGUAUGCUUCUUAAUGCUCUGAUGGCGAGUGGGAAUGUAUCGGCUCGUUUUCGACAAGAGGAAUUGCAACGUCUUAAUGAUAUGUUGCUUCUCGUUGGCCAAGAAUACCCUGACCAAGCCAAUGCGCCAGAAACCCAAGAUACAUCCAGCAUAGUUAAUGUAUCCCUGAUGCCCCAAGGGGUCUCCCCAAAUCAAAUGUUGUCCGUGGCCAGUCUUUUGGAGACCUAUCCGGGAUUUGACGGAAUUCCGGAUGCUGCGGAUAACAGGUGGUUGUGGGAAGGUGAGAUGUCAGAAUUUAGCUAUGAUUAG